AUGAUGGAAGGCCUUCCAAUGCCAAGGCAAGCUGGAGGAUUAAUUAAUAUACAAUAUUCUCCCGUAUUUACCAUAGUAGGAAAUAAGUACCAUGAGUUUGGUACUAAAAGUACUUUAAAUCAUCUUGGUUAUAAAUUUUGUAUUGGUAACCUGGAGAAUUUAAGUUCCAAAGAAGACGCCGAAGAAGCACGUAUAGGGGAAGAACAAAACAUCGUCUGGUUGGAAUUGCACUGGCCUUGGCGGCGGACUGAAAGUUGUGUCCCUAAUGAUCUUGAAGUGUUACAAGGCCUCCAACCUCAUCGGAAUCUUCAAAAAUUGGGAAUCUACGAAUACGCGAGUUUGAGUUUCCCCACGUGGAUGAUGGAUCUGAAUAAUUUACUUCCUAAUUUGGUAAGUGUCGUUCUGGAAAAUUGCUCCAAAUGUGAAGAACUUCCGCCACUCGGGUUACUUCCUUUUCUUAAGGUUCUUAAACUAGAGGGAUUUUUGGCAUUGAAACGUAUUGGAAGAGAAUUCUUCGUUGGCUAUAGUACCAGUGAGUUGUUUUUCCCUUGUUUGGAAGAUCUCUCUAUACUUCAUAUGGAAAACUUAGAAGAAUGGAAUGAACACAUUUCUAAAUCUUUAUCAUCACAUUCUUCUUCUAAUACUUCUUCAAGUUUUCCUCUUCUUGAGAAGUUGAAGGUCAUAUCCUGCCCCAAGUUAAGGAUCAUGCAAACCCGAAUUUCACAUCUUAAAGAGCUGGAGAUUGAAUACUGUACUGACGAAGCAAUAAAUUCACUGGUAGAGAGCAAUAUAACGUCUCUUACCUCUGUUUGCAUUAGGGAGUGUGACAAGCUUGUGUUUCUUCAUUCAAAAAUGCUUGAGGGAAACUCUAUCAUUGAUUAUCUGGUGGUUGAUGAGUGUUCUAAUUUUAAGGGCUUCAAUGUUGAUCAAGACAGUGAGGAAGAGGAGAAAAAAGAGAAUACUACUCUCCGCAGUUUAACACUGCAUAGUUGUCCUUUAAUCUCUUUGCCAAAUAUCUCAAGAUUUAAUUAUUUGAUUGAAUUAAACCUCGAAGACUGUGGAAAUUAUCAAGAGUCUUUCCCAAGUAGUAUUGAAAACCUACCCAGACUUGAAAUUCUGACUAUAGGUCCUUUUUCAGAUGAGUUAGACUACUUUCCGUUCCCUGCCGCUAAUAUUAUUGAAGAAACAAGUGGCGGCGUUUACUUUCCAUCACUUGUUUCCUUAUCUGUUAAGGGAUGGUAUGAGCUUAAUAGUCUGCCAGAUCAAAUACAAUAUAUCACCUCUUUACAAUUUCUGUCUAUCUCUUCUUUUGAUUCUCUGGAGGUUCUGCCCGAGUGGUUGGGGAACAUGGUUUCUCUUAUGUUGUUGAAAUUAUACCGGUGCGAUAAUCUGGAGUAUUUUCCUUCCAAAGAGCAGAUGUUACGCCUCACCUCGCUACGACGGCUGGAAAUUGAAGGCUGCCCUAUCUUGGAGGAGAAAUUUGAAGAAGGAGGUGAAGAGCACUACAAGAUAUCCAACAUUCCUGGUGUUUACAUAGAACGAGAUCUGGUUUUUUAUUGA